AUGCUACUUAAUCCGCCAUUGACGCAACGGCCACAUGCCUCUCAGUAUGUUGACCUGGCGGUGCAUGUGGAACGCCAGAGCCGGGCGGAUGCGGAUGUGCGCAGCCCACUUCCACAUGGAACGAGUGACUUGGACCCCUAUCUCAAUCUUCUUCCUAUCUGUCUUCGCUGUGGCGCUGAAUGCGGUCCGAGUCAUCCGGGCAAUGGAGAAGAGGACAACGCCCAUCCGCAUCUGUCUGACUCUGGCUCUCGACUCGGACCGUCAAGUAAACGUUUUGAGAGGUGUGUGGCCGUUGUACCAAUGACUAGUUAA